AUGUCCAACGAUCGUUCAACCUCUCCCAUCAACGUCCCCGAGUCCCAAGCGCGCCCCCGCCGGGGAUCCAUCGCGUCCGGCCUCCCCUUCACCGAUCUCUUCUCGAAGCAGAACAAUCAGUCCGCUAAGGAAGCUGCCUCUACCCAGGCCAACCAACGGCGACUGUCGAUCACUACACUGGGAUUGUCCGGAUCUCCCACGCAGACAUCUGCCUUCGGAAACCGUUCCCUCCGUCGUGGCAGCCUGUCCAGCUCUUGGAGCUCGAGUGUCCCCAAUGAGGAUGCUGUGACUGAAGAUGCAGAUGGAAACUCCCCAAAUUCGCCGUUCGCCCGACGGGUCUCCUUCGGAGCUCAGGCUCUGCGAGAGGCCAGGGCCGGCAGCAUAAGCAAUGGUAGAGUACCCCCCGCAUCAUUACCCGCAGGGGCUCCUCCCUCUGCUCGCUCUCCUGCAAGUACCGCCACUUCUCCCAAGGAUGAGAGAUCUAACGCAUCGCGCCGAUUAGGCGAAGGCUUCAACUGGUCUGAGGCCCUCCGCACCCGUGCUGAGCGUGCCCCUUCAAUCGGUGGCCCCGUUUCCCCUGCCCAGUCGGCCCGUCAUCCAACUCACCAGCGUGCAGCAUCCAUUGCCACCAUGGAACAACCCGUUCGAGAGAUGCCCAGACAGCCUAAGCAGAAGAAGCCCGACUUCUUCCAGGAGAAGAUCUUACGAGGUGAUUUCAUGGACUAG